AUGCCUGUCGCCACCGCGCAUUCCACGCAUUCCGCGCGCUCCGCGUACUUUGCGGCCGCGGCACUUUCGUCCGCUGCGUCCGUGUCUCGCGCCUCGACUCCUCUCUCGCGCGAAAGCGGCGUCCGCGCGCCGUCCUCCCCCUGCGCGCCGGUUCGGCACGGCGCCUCCCGCCGUCUCGUCGUCAGCGCCAAGUACCUGGGCAAGUUCGGCUCCGCGCCUCCCGCGCCUAUCGCGCCCUCCGCCGCCCCGGCCGCUGCCGCCGCCGCCAGCUCCGGCGCCGCUGCCGCCACGCGCUCUCCGCCCGCCAGCAACACGCUCCCUGCUCUCGCGCGCCAGCUUCUUCCGCUCACCGCGGCGGUCGUGAUUCCCGUCGCCGCCACCGCGGCCGCGUUCGCCGCCGCGGGCUUCGGGGAACGCGACGCGUACCGGUGGUUUCGCAGCCUGAACCCUCCCUCUUUCGCGCCGUCCGAUUGGCUGAUGGCCGCCACGUGGACGGUGCUGCAGCUGCCAGCUGGCGCGGCGUCGUGGAUGGUUUGGCGGCAAGGCGGAUGGGCGAGGCAGCGCGGCGCGAUGAAGAUUUACUUUAUCCAACUAGCCGUUGGAUUGCUUUGGCCAAUCGUCAUGUUCCGUCUGAAGAAUAUCGACGCGGCGGCUGCAGUUGCAGGCGCCCUCACCGUCUCCUCCCUCUCCACCUUCCUUGCCUUCUACCGAGCCUCGCCCGUCGCCUCCCUGCUCUACCUCCCGAUGCUCGUCUGGCUCGGCCUUAUCUCCGCAAUCACCUACUCCAUCUGGACCAAUCACAGCGUGCUCCUCGACAAGCUAGAGUGGGACGAUGUGCUGGCGACUGCUAAGAAGAUCUGGAGGGAUAUCCGGGGGCUGACUGGCAGCGGUGGCAGUGGCAGCAGUGGUAGUGCAAGCAGCGGCAGUGGUGGCGGGGGGAGUGGGUGGGGUGCAGGGGGGUGGGAUGGAGGGGAGGAGGGGGGGAGUGCGUUUGGGUGGUCUGCUGCUCCUAGCAACCAGAACAACCGCCGUGAUUGA